UUUGUGUACAGAAAAGGAGAAGUAGUUUGCGAAAGCUCAGUUUCAGUUGCCAUCAUCAUCAUGUCUGAAGAGUCUCAGCCCGAAAGGCGAGUUCUUACUGUCUGCGGUCCUUCCCUGAACAGACACAGAGACGCUUCCGAGAACACACAGGACAUAUCGCAUUUGCUGGCCAGUAUCUUCAAAGACCUCUGUUACCUGGAGAGGGACAUCCCGGCGGAUGGUGCUGGGAACAAGUCCCGAAGAGGAGGUGUCAAUGCGCAGGUCAAGUCAGAAUACAGGAGGGAGAUGAGAGAUGAAGACAUGGAAAAACACAUCAUCCGUCCUCCACCCACAGAGCAGUACACUCGUACCGGGGUACUGAAUGAAUUAGGAGAGACUUAUCAGCGGAGCCCACAUCCAGACAGGACCAUACCAAGCAUACCGGAAUUUGGGGAAAGCUUGAAAAUGCCACCUCCUCCAGAGUUGAGCACCCUAUGUAAGAACGCACCCAAAGAAGUGUUCAGACCAGCACAGUUCCCAAAGCUCAGCGAGAGUCUCCUGACCCGAGAGAAUGCUACAGCGCACAAGUUCAUGGAGCAACGCGACUUUCUGAACAGCCAUUACUUCCUGCCCUCUUUGACCUGCUCUUGGGGCCAGUCGCUCAUCACACCCAGGAAGAAAGUUCAGGUUAAGGAGAGUGUGAAGAUAAAACCUAUGCAUUUAACACACAGCAUUAUGAAUGAACCUGUUCCCGUCUUUCUGGCCAAUCCAGCCUUCGUCUUGUUCUCAGAUUACAAAGUGGGACAGGUGUAUGAGUGUGCAGUGCAGCUGCAGAACAUGACAGCCUCCAGCCAUCAUGUACGGGUCAUCCCCCCUGCCACACCGCACUUCUCCAUCACCCUGGGUAAGUUCCCAGGUGAGGGGGGUAUGGUUGCUCCUGGCAUGAGCUGCCAAUACAAAGUGUACUUUACUCCUGACUCUCUGAGCAACUUUGAAGACAUUCUCUUGGUAGAGACUCUGGCCCCAUACCCCCUCAUUGUUCCCAUUGAGGCCUGGCGACCUCCUCCUAUACUGACUCUGGCCAGGAUUUUAGACUGUGGAUACUGUUUGGUGGGUGGAGUAAAGAUUGUGGAAUUCCAAUGCCGCAAUGAGGGUCUCAGCAAUGGGACUUUUUGCAUCAUACCAAAGAAGUUGUGGCCAGCCUCAAAUUUUCGGUCUGUGGUGAUCUCCAGCUACACAGAGCAGCCGCCAUUCAGAAUCAGUCCCUCGCUCUUUGACCUGCUGCCUGGCGAAGCUACAGUGUUGGAGGUGGCUUUUUUCCCAGCAAUGCCUAAGAGCUUUGUUGAAGUUUUCAGCAUAGUGUGUGACAACUGUCAAGUGAAAGACAUCACUAUUCAAGGCAUAGGAGAAAUUGUGACCCUCGAGUUGGUUUCUGUGAGUGAUGGAGAGGACUACCAUCUGCCUGGGGAGAUUUGUGACAUGAGAGUGGACCACCUUGUUCGCUUUGGUCUCACCAACCCUUACUGUAUGCUGCAGAAGCGACUGGUCAUCAGGAAUAAUGCUCACCUGGAGCUGCCAUUCUGCUGGGAAGUCAUGCAGCCCACCUUAGAAAGACACUUAUUAAGUGAAGAACAAUUAAAAACCCCACAUUUUGAGUACUGUGUCACCACUGACAGUGCAUUUGAUGUCAGUCCACGAGAAGGUUUGCUGCAGCCCCACCAGGACCAUGAGUUUCUGCUCAGCUAUUGUCCCCUAGAGCUGAAAGAGUAUCACAGUGUAUGUCAUCUAUUAUUAAGGGACAUCCAAGAUUUUCCAGUGGAUCCCAACGCCAAAAUUGCCUCUCAGCAUUGCUGGCAGGUGGCCAAAGUGAGUGAUGUCGUUGCUAUGACAAUUGAAGUAAAGGGGUCAACAAAGCCACGCUUGGUGCUUCUAGAACCCUGUGCUGUUUACUUCCCAGGAGAGAACUAUAUUGGGAUGCCUAUCAGAGAACGAUUUAAGAUGUGGAACCUCAGUACAGCAAGCAUUAAUUUCCAAUGGGACAGGAUAAGUGACUUUUGUAUACUGGAAGUGAAGCCAUCUAUGGGUGAAAUAGAGACAAAUCAGUGCUAUGAUCUGGAGUUGGUUCUGACAGGAAUGAGGGACGGUCCUUUCGAAACCAGCCUGCAGUGUCAUAUUGAGUAUCACCAGCAGCCCAUUACACUGAAUGUGCAGGCUGUGUUCAAGGGCCCAAAGUUAGCCAUCAGUGUACCCAGUUUGGACCUUGGGCUCAUUCAGCUGGGAGACCAGGCUCGCGCCACCCUCCACAUCACCAAUAAGACCCUGCUAGAGGCCUCCUGGACCCUACUGGAGCGCUGUAACAAGCACCAGGCAGACGAAACACAGAUCACUGUUGAGCCUUGCCACGGAGUCCUUCCCAUGUUGUCUUCAUGCAGCGUGGAUGUUCUUUUCAGCCCUGUAGCAUGUCAACACUUUGAGACAGUCCUGGAGCUGGCAGUAGAGAAUGGAACUGGAUGCCACCUGUCUGUGAAGGCAGAUGUGCAGUCCCCACAAGCUUGUCUGCUCAACUGUGAGCUGGUGUUCACCGAGCUUUACGUAGGUGUGCCGACCAGUGGAUCAACGACAAUUUUCAACCAGACGCUCUUACCAGUGCACUUUUCUUGGGAAGAGCAGCUUUGGGGCAAGCAAAAAUCCCUCUGUGCCGUUUCCUUCACGCCUUGUUCUGGCAUCCUGAGGCCCAACACUAAACUGGAGAUUAUGGUGCAGUUUACAGCUCACACUGAUAUGGAACUGACAGAGGUAGCUGCAGUUUGUGUGGUGAAGGGCAUGCAGGAGCCUCUCAUCCUGGGCUUCUUCUCCAAAGCCAAGAAUCUCAAUGUGUCCUUCUCACUAUUUAUGGACUGCCCAGAAGCAGACAAUCAGGACCAGUUGCAGCUGGUGCUGGACUUUGGAGAUGACGUCCAGCUGGAAAGACCUGUCACUAGACAACUUGCAAUAAGAAAUCAGACUGCUAUUGCUGCUCCUUUCUCUGUGAAGCCAGAGUUCUUUGCUCCACCUUGCAUUCCAUUCUCACCUUCCACAGGGGAUGGAGUUCAACUGCAUCAAAGGACUUCAUACUUAAAAGAGUUUCAAUCAGUUUUUCCCAAGAAAGUGGAACAGAAAGCCAUGCAGCAGUUUGUGAAUAGCCUGCUAGCUCAUGGAAAAGGUGCAACAUUCUAUGUUGAGCCAGCUUGUGGGAUACUGGGACCCUUUGAAACCCAGACCAUGGACAUCACUGCAUUCACUAACAUGUGGGGAAAAUACAGAGAUCGUCUCAUUUGUAAGAUAGGGGGUCUGAAGACAGUGUUCAUCCCUGUGAAAAUGAACGUGAGGGGUUGUCCCCUGUAUUUCCAAAUAACAGGUCCACAGGUUGAGAAUGAGGCACAGAGUCCAGUCAUACGGUUUGGUACACAUGUCUCUGGAGGACAUAAAGUCAUACGGUCACUUCGCCUAAACAACCCGAGUCCAUGCAAUAUUUACUUGGACUGGGAGACCUUCAACCAGGUUAAGGGAGACAAGAAGUUACUGGACCUGAUAGUGACAUUCAAGGAGGCCUUCCGUCUGAAGGAUGCUGAUGGGAAUGAGAUCUCUGAUGGCCAGCUUGGUCCCAGUCACAGGGCCUCUCCCAGCUCAAUUCCUAGAGACACCCCUAGCUCAGGAGGAAAAAGUUCCUGGCUCAGGAGUGAAGUUGCUUCAGGGGAUCACAAGGGGAAAAAUGAUGAUUCAGGAGCGAAUUGUCAUCAUGCUUCCGUAAGGAAGCUAAUUUCUCUCCACAUCAGGUCUCAUGAAGGCAUCGCUUCAGAUUUUCCCUACAGCAUUACCCCACAAAAGAUGGUAGUUGCAGCUGGGGGUAGCAGUACUGUCAAUGUGUCCUUCACACCCAAGAAACUCUCAGGGUCAACCAGUAGCAUUGCAUGUCUGGGCUUUGCCUUGGGUUUUAUGAGCCUGGACUCCAAAGGGGCCUCUUGUCAUUUAGGGAACGUUGAGCGGGCCCAGAGUUAUGACUUAGAGCCUCUGAAACUGGGCCUGGAGGCCUGCGUAAAGACUCCCUUUUUGUCUGUAGAAAUGGAUGAGGAGGAAGAAGCACUUGAGUUCUUUGCUGUUGCCAGCGAUUUAUUACCAAGGGAUUCACUAACAGAAGUGGUGAAACAAUUGGCAGUGACCCGGACCAUCCGCUUAAGGAACAAACUGGAGAUGCCCCUGUCUUGCAGGCUCAGUACUCAGUCUCCCUUCUCAGUGCUUGAGGCCCAGCCCAGGAACCAUGCAAAAAGCCCCCGCAGCAACAUACAAGACCCUGCGUUUCUAGUCCUCCAGCCCCAGCACAGCAUAAAGGUCCAAAUGGCCUUUCACAACUCAUUGUCUUUGCUGACCUACCUGAGCCUACCGGCAGAACAAGUACCACCAACUGUGCAACUGAUGUACAGUGGUAAUGGAGAGCGCAGGCUCCAGUUCAGGCACAACCUAUUUAUUGAGUACAGUAACAGCAGCGUGCAGGCCAUGCCCCUUUGCGCUUACCUUCUGUUGCCCACCCUGCACCUCUCAGCUGACAACCUGGACUUUGGCAUCUGUUAUGUGGGCCAGAAGUACACCAAAGAAGUGUUCCUGUACAACAGGGGUGGAUCUGGCAGCUAUUGGACAGCCACCAUAGAAACAGAUGAGGGGUCUGCUUCCUUCACAGUGGCUCCUAAACAUGGUUUUCUGAAUCCACUCGAAUUCCCAACAUCAUCCUGCAGAAAUUCUUUGCAAAUUAGCUUCAUAGCCAGUGACACAUGUCAGAUCAGUGCUACCAUCACAGUGAAAGGGAUUCUAGGAGAAGAGCCCCUUUCCCUUUGUGUCCAAGGCAGAGGCUCCUUCGAUGAGAAGUUUGCAUCCCUGGAAAUAGAAGCCAACAUGAAGACAGAGGAAUGAACAAAAAGGACAAUAAGUAACCCAGUGUUUCAGUAUAUACUUAGUUUCUAAAUCAGUACUGUGAGAAGAACUGAAUUGUUACUGUGUGGAAGAUGUGAAAUUUCUUUGUUUUUCCAUUACAUCAUUGACACGUGACCAGAACUCCACUAACUGCAUGUUGGAAUGAAUGGACAGUCCAGUGAAAAAUAGUAUUUCUAAAAUACAUUUUACAGAAUUUAAAAAAAUAUACAAAGGUCAGUAAAGUAGAAUAACAGAUUGUUUUAAAAAUCUGCUUCUGAAUUGAUUUAGUUGCAUAAAACUUUUAAUGACAGAAAAAUAUUUUACCAUAAAGGCAGAUUUGAUGAAGUAUUAUGAAUUCUGCACCAUCUUCCAGCAUGACAUUUUUUCUAUUGAGCGGUUAGUUAGGGGUUAAUGAUUUCUGAGUAUUCCACUCCUAACCCAAUAAACCGUUUUGUUUACAUAAAACAAAAUAAUUUAUGAUCUCAAAGUGAUUGCAUAUACAAUACUUAUGUUUAAAUUGCUCAUAAAAUACAAUAUUUUACUGUGUUGGAGUGUGCUAACUUUAUUAUUUUACUUUAAUACUAGUAUUUUCCUAUUUACUAGUCUGUUGAAUUCAUUAUAUCCUUUUAAUUCUUGUAAAGGGAGGUGCACUGGUGC